AGCCGCCUUGCGCUUGCCCUCUCUGCGACGACUGGGUGCGCCGCCGCCGCCGCUGUCCUACGUCAGGUGUCGAAGCCUUCGCCGGCGAAGAGCGCUCACCAGAUUAUCCAUCUACUAGAUUCACCCCUGGUGGAGGAGGAGAAGAAGGUAAGCGAAGAUGCUACGGCGGAACAUACGUCAGCGUCGGGAGUACCUGUACUCCAAGAGCCUCGAGGGCCCCCAGCGGGCGCUGUUCGAGAAGAAGCGCCGGAUCCGGGCGGCGCUCGAGGAGGGCAAGCCCAUCCCCACCGAGCUCCGCAACGAGGAGCACGACCUGCGGAGGCAGAUCGACCUCGAGGACCAGGAGCGUCAAGUUCCCAAGAGCAUCGUUGACAACGAGUACGCUACUGCCACCAUUCGGGAGCCCAAGAUACUAUUGACCACUUCUCGCAAUCCUAGCGCGCCCCUAACUCAGUUUGUUAAGGAGCUCAAGGUUGUCUUCCCAAACUCACAAAGAAUGAACCGUGGUGGACAGGUCAUAUCAGAAAUUGUGGAGGCCUGCCGCUCACAUGAUAUAACAGAUCUUAUUCUGGUCCAUGAACACCGUGGUCAACCUGAUGGUUUGAUUGUCUCCCAUCUACCACAUGGUCCAACUGCAUACUUUGGGUUGCUCAAUGUGGUGACACGUCAUGAUAUCAAGGACAGGAAGACGAUGGGCAAAAUGUCAGAAGCUUACCCCCAUUUAAUACUGGACAACUUCUCAACCCAGAUUGGCGAAAGGACUGCAACUAUUCUGAAGCACCUCUUUCCUGUCCCAAAGCCAGAUUCAAAGCGAAUAAUUACAUUUGCUAACAGAGACGAUUACAUCUCUUUCAGGCAUCAUGUAUAUGAAAAACCAGGUGGCCCCAAAUCGAUUGACCUGAAGGAGGUCGGCCCCCGGUUCGAGUUGCGGCUGUACCAGAUCAAACUAGGAACCGUGGAACAAAAGGAAGCGCAGAGCGAGUUUGUGCUGCGGCCCUACAUCAAUACUGCCAAGAAGCAAAAGACGCUUGGAGCGUGAGCUACACUGCAGUACAGAACUUAAUUUUUUUUUGGUCUUCAUCGUUUAUGCUGUAGUAGCAACAUUCACAGGGUGAUUAGAUCAAUAUCUGUCAAUCUAAUAGAAGCCGCAAUGUACCCCUGACUCGAACCCAAGCUGGCUGACUUUUUUUUUUU